AUGGAAUCGAAUAUUAAAGAAUCGAGGAGGGCUUCACUACCUGCUAUUAGCAGGACACCGAAGUCUUCAAAUAGACUUAUAAUACCUCAGACAUCUUUUAAUGCACAAACAUUAAUUGAAGAAAUAGCAGAAUUUGAUUUAGAUCCUCCAUAUAUAUCUCAGCAGACAAGUUCAAGUGCUGAAACAUCUCCAAAUAUAUUAAGUCCUGGUAAAAAACCUUUAUCUGCUAAGUUAUAUCGUAAACAUCUUAACAUUGGAAGAAUGCAUAAUUACAGUGAUGAUUUUGAUAAUUUUUGUGAUUCUUCAACUUCUCAAAAGAAAAUAGAUGGCAAAAUGUGUGGAAAUCAAAACAUUUCUACUAAGAUGAAAAUUGAAAAGCAAAAAGGUUUAAAUUUAAAAAACUUUAUUAUAUCUAAAAAAGGAAAAAUUAUAGAAAAUAAAACUCCUAUUGAUAAUGACAAGAAUCGCCGUGCCACUUGCCCGGAGAUAUGGCUUAGUAGUGAUAGUGAUUCUCAUGACAUUAAUAAAACUAUACUAAGAAUAUAUGGACUUAAAAAUGUUGGGAAACAUACAUUGACAAAUAAAUUAGCUUGUUAUGCUUAUCCUCAUAAAUAUCCACCAGCAGAAGAACCUAAAUGUUUAAAUCAUAAAAAAGAAUAUUUUUCAAGAAAGCUACAAUUUUUGCUAAAUACCAAACUUCAUGAAUUAGAAAUAAUUCAAGGUUCAGCUUUAGAAUCUGAACCAUUUCAAAAUAUUUUAAAUUUAUACAUGGUAGUGUAUAGUAUUGAUAAUAAAGAAUCUUUUAAUGCAGCAACACAAACAAUCAGUCGUUUAGUAGAGAAUAAUCGUAAAAAUAAUCUUAUACAAAUAAUAUUAGUUGGUAAUAAAAUAGAUUUACAAAGAAAAAGGAAAAUUUCUAAACUAGAAGGAAAAACUAUUGCAAGAAUUUAUAAUUGUUCAUUUAUUGAAACAUCCUUAUUACUUGGUGUUAAUAUUGAUAUAUUAUGGAAAAAAAUAUUACGAAAUAUUCAAAGAUGUCAAGGAAAUGAAGAAUCAUUCAUUAGUCGACUUAUUAACAAUGGAAGACGUUUUACCAAAUCAUGUGAAGAAAUCGUGGCAAAAUUAACUUUUCAAAAUGACUCACCUACAAAUUCAAGAUCGUCUCAAGUUUAA